UCGUUAAUGUGGAAGGAUGGAAGUUACGAUGAUGAUAUCGACCCCUCGUGCUCCACUCACCCCACCCUCCGGUCCCGGACAGCUUCCAUCCUUCCGGGCUUUCACCUCAUGGCUUGAUCCCGGUUAUUGUUGACCCAUCCGACCUCGAAUUUCAGAAAAGUUCCGAAUUCAUGAUGGGAAAACCAGAAGUGGAUUAUGGGCUGUAUUUGGUCACUGACUCGACCCCCGCCAUCCUCGGCGAUAGAAACCUCAAUGAGGUCGUCGAGGAGUCACUCAAGGGGGGAGUCACUAUUGUUCAGCUCCGUGAGAAAAAGGGGGAUACGGCAGAGUUGAUCGAAAAGGCGAAGGCGUUACAUGAGAUCACAAAGAGGUACAAUGUACCGCUGCUCAUCAACGACCGUGUCGAUGUGGCUCUGGCUGUCGGCUGUGAGGGCAUUCACAUCGGCCAGGACGAUAUGGAUCUAUCAACCGCAAGGAAGCUUUUAGGGCCGGAUAAGAUCAUUGGAGUCACGGCCAGCACUAUUGAUGAGGCACUCAAGGCAUGUGAAGGUGGCGCCGACUAUCUCGGCAUCGGUACCGUUUAUGCCACCCCAACAAAGACCAACACUAAAGAGAUCAUUGGUGCCGCCGGCGUGCGUGAGAUCCUAGGGAAAAUCGCCGACGCGGGGCACAAGACUGAGACCGUCUGCAUCGGUGGUGUCAACGAGUCCAACCUACAACGUAUUGUGUUUCAGUGCGCCGCAGAGAAGAAGAGUUUAGAUGGUGUUGCGAUAGUAAGCGCCAUAAUGGCGGCUUACGAUCCGGAAUCCGCUUCAAAGAAGCUCCUUAGGCUGGUCAAGAGUCCGCCGGCCUUCCAAGUUGAUAUCAGGGGGAAGGACUCGGACAUUGCGGACGCACAAUCCGUGGUUGACCUGGCGCCGUCCGUCCUUCAAAGAGUCCACGAGACUACACCGCUCUCCCACAACAUGACCAACAUUGUUGUACAAAAUAUUGCUGCCAACGUCGCCCUGGCCGUCGGCGCAUCGCCUAUCAUGGCCGGUUACGGGGAGGAGGCUCCUGAUUUGUGUAAACUUGGGGGUGCCCUAGUCAUCAACAUGGGCUCGGUCGACCCCAAUGGGCUGAUGAACUACCUGAAAGCACUCAAAGCGUACAACCUAGAAGGACGACCGGUCGUGUUCGACCCAGUGGGCGCUGGCGCUACAUCUCUCCGGCGUGAAGCCGUCAAGACCAUCAUGGCCAACGGUUAUCUCGACAUCAUCAAGGGCAACGAGGGGGAAAUCAAGACGGUAUUUGGCAGCAGCCAAGAGCAGCAACGGGGGGUCGACAGCUCGAGCACGCUAGAUGCCUCCCAGAAAGCCAAACUGGUGAGGGAGCUUGCCGCACGAGAGAAGAACGUGGUCGUCAUGACGGGCAAGACAGACUUCGUAAGUGAUGGAGUCCGGACUUUUGCCAUCGACAACGGGCACGAGUAUCUGGGAAUGGUGACGGGGACGGGCUGUACGCUGGGGACAACUAUCUCGGCUGCUAUAGCCUCGCGUAAGACGGAUAGGCUAGUUGCCGUCAUCGCAGCCAUUCUACAUUUCGAGAUCGCCGCCGAGGUCGCUGCCUCCCGGCCCGAGGUUAGAGGUCCGGGCAGCUUUGUCCCGGCCUUUUUGGACGAGUUAUACCUCCUCAGACAGGCCACGGCGAGUAAAGACCUGUCUUGGCUAGGGAGGGCAAAGGUCAGGAACGUUGUAUAGCUGUAUUACUAGACAAACCAUUCCCCCCCAUUCCACCUUGCAUAUCUCUGGCAUCCCCGAUAUCCACCUCCCGAGCUCUGUUUGCCUGCCACGUGAAUUGCGGGGUACCGGAUGGAGUUACCCCAAGCUCCCCUCCGGUCGGGUCCGAUCCGCUGCCCCGCGUCAGGCCCAGACUGGAUCCACGCGUGCUGCAGCUCCAUGUGCCUGUUUUAAAAAGAGCCCGGACUUAAAACAACCACCAU